AAAAUAUUUACGCAAUUGCAUUAUACAUGGGCAGCCCCAAGGCCCGGAUGGGGAUGCCCAUGAGUCGUCGCUGUUUAGCGCCCAAAAAUGAUCAAAAUCAAGGAAUUGUUAUUGUAUGGGUGCUUUGCGGGAUAUGAAGAAGAGUACGAGCGCGAAGAUGCACCAGGAAUCAUGGUCAUUAUGCCGGUUGCGGCCAGCAUUGGUAUGCGACCAUGUCUCCCCCCGAGUCGCAAGGCGUCGAAUGGCGCCUUCGAGGACGUCCAAUAUCCGCCGUACAUCCGCCAGAGGAUUAUAUGACGAGACCACGAGAACGAGGAGCUGGAGCAGACGGCCACGACAACACAACAGACGAGAAAGAAUGCUGUGGGCAGCAGCAGCAAUCGCGAGCGCAAUGGCGGCGUCGGGAGGGCUACAGCAUCUUCACCUUGUAGAAGCGACGCGGGUGACGAAGCGGUCCGCGGAGAGCGACUAUGCGCAAGAGACGAUGAAGUAUCUGAACAAAAACUGCAAGUACCACUCCCCUCCGACGGACUUGUCGCUGCUGUCCCACACCAAUGCGGACGGGGAAACGCAGGUCUCGGACGUCUACGGGUUUGCGCGAAACCGCGAGCACAGGCUGAAACUGCGUCUCACCGACCUAGCCGUCCUCACCGCGAGCGUGGAGGGCCACAGCAGCGCAAGCAGCGGCACGGAGGUUGUGGAGAUCAAAGUUUUGUCCCGGGGCUCCCCGGUGCUGACCGGCAGCCGCGUGCUGGGCUUCGCGGGGCACCGGACGAGACGCAUAUUGCAGGCACGACUGUCAGCGGGGGAGGAAUACGAAAUUGCGGUUCAUGUCGGGCAAUUUGAAGACUUGAUGGACGGCGCCGAGUGCAUUCCGGCCAGGCUGGAUCUCCACGUCGUCCCGGUUUCGCGGGCGGCCUUCGCGUGGCCGACCUCCUGCCCAAAGAACAGCUUAGAACCGCCAAGCGGUGCUCUGGCGGGCGCGAGUGACCCCGCUGCGUCUGCAAGCAGUGGCGCCCUUGGAUCGUCCCUGUCGAAGUGGAUUGCGGGGUCCUCCUCGGAGCCAGAGUUCACGCUGAGCGACACGGUCCCGUUCGCAUUGGACUCGCGGACCGGUCAAACGGUCAAAACAGGGGACGACCCUAAUUUACCCUCUCCCUACGUGUAUCAGGCGUCAACAGGAUCCUCGACGAGCACCUCAGAGACAGCGGACUUCACGCAGAAGAUCUGGUCAGUGGUCAUGAACGUUCCCCAGAGGCUGCAUCGGUUCGCAAGGUUCUACUACAAAGCCAGUUUUCGUUUUGCGGCACUACCCAUGGCCUUGAUACUGGAACAGUACCCGCAAGACGACAGCAGUAGUACAAGUAGCAGUGGCAGUCUUCCAACA